GCCCUGCCUGCCCCGCCGCCGCCGCCGCGCGCCCGCCCCGGCCCGCCGCCCGCAGCGCCCAGCCCGACCCCAGCGGCGCGGACCAUGGGGGAUGUGAAGCUGGUAGCCUCAACACACGUGUCCAAGACCUCCCUGACCAUGGAUCGCUCAAGAGUCGGCUCCAUGCCCCUAACCGAGGCUCCUGCAUUCAUUCUACCCCCUCGGAACCUCUGCAUCAAGGAGGGCGCCACUGCCAAGUUCGAAGGGAGGGUCCGGGGUUACCCAGACCCCCAGGUGACAUGGCUCAGAAACGGACAGCCCAUCUCAAGUGGUGGCCGCUUCCUGCUAGACGGUGGCCCGAGGGGGGCCUUCAGCCUGACGAUUCACACAGCCUGUGAGGAGGACAAGGGGAAGUACACCUGUGAAGCCGCCAACGGGAGCGGCUCCCGCCAGGUGACUGUGGAGCUGACAAUAGAAGGCAGCUUUGUGAAGAAGUUUGGUCAGCCAGCUGUUUCCAAAACCUUGGGGGACAGGAUUGCAGCCCCCACCGUGGAAAGCCGGCCCAGCAUCUGGGGAGAGUGUCCACCAAAGUUUGCAACCAAGCUGGGUCGAGUGAUAGUCAGAGAAGGACAGACAGGACGAUUCUCUUGCAAGAUUAUGGGCCGGCCCCCUCCACAGGUUACGUGGCUCAAGGGAGACGUGCCCUUGCAAGCCAGUGCUCGCGUGUGCAUGUCGGAGAAGAACGGCAUGCAAGUUCUGGAGAUCCGAGACGUCAGCCAGGAGGACGCGGCCGUGUACACCUGCUUGGCAGUGAAUGGUUCAGGGAAGGCCUCCAUGUCCUCCGAGCUCUCCAUCCAAGGUUUGGACCGUGUCAGCAGACCCCUGGUGAGAGGCCCAACGGCCCCCGAGGCAGACAGCAAGGAGGAAGUGACCAAUGGACUGGCCAAGAGACCCACCCAGGGUGACCCGGAGUUCAUGGCCCCAAGUCAGAAAAGCCCCAACUCUGAGAGAAGCGGCUCCCCCGUCUGGACCCCAAACAGCCCGGGUCAGCCCCCAAGGGACUGCAAGCUGGAGGCGACCAGAGACUCACCCCGAGGGGCCCUGCAGACCACCACCCUGCAGAAGACUUCCAGUACCAUCACUCUGCAGAGCACGAGGGUGCAGCUUGGGCCGAGAGCAGUGGUCUCAGGCGCACCCCUGCUCUCCCGAGGAGAGAAGGGGACGGCCCCUGUGCCCCCGCCAGCCCCCCUCUCCUUCAGGCAGUCGGCCCUAGGAAGCCACGAAGUUGGGAGCAAGACUGCUACCAGGAUGACCCCUGUGGAGAGCCAGAGGGAGUCAACAGCCCCCAAAUUCGAGAGGAAACCCCAGAGCCAGCAAGUCAGCGAGGACCAAGCAGUGGAGUUCAGAUGCGAGGUUUCAGGCAUCCCGAAACCCCAAGUGGCCUGGUUCCUGGAUGGUGCCCCCGUCAGGAGCCGGGAAGACAGCGCCGAGGUCUCUGAGGAUGGGGGGGUGCACUACCUGCGCUUGCGUAGAGCCCGGGCACUGGACAGUGGCCGCUACAGCUGCACCGCCUCCAACAGCCGGGGCCAGGUGUCCUGUGAAUGGAAUCUCCUGGUGAAGAGGCCAGCCCCAAGGGAGGUGGUGCCCUCCUUUUCUCACACGCUGAAGGACUGCGCCGUCGCCGAGGGCCAGGACUUUGUGCUCCGGUGCUCAGUGCAGGGGACCCCGGAGCCCCAGAUCACCUGGCUGCUCAAUGGGCGGCCCAUCCAGUACGCCCGCAGCAGCCUCAAGGCUGGCGUGGCCGAGCUCCACGUGCAGGACGCGCUGCCAGAGGACGCGGGCACCUACAGCUGCCUGGCCCGGAGCCCCUGUGGGCAGGCGUCCUGCAGCGCCCGCGUCACCGUCCACGAGAAGAAGAGCCAGGGCAAGAGGGAGCCCCUUCCGCCCACAGCUCCCAGGAAGUCCGCUGCUGCACCCUGCUUCCUGCAGGGCCUCUCGGAUCUCCGCGUGAUGGACGGGAGCCCGGUGACCAUGACGGUGCGGGUGUCAGGGAACCCCACCCCGGAGGUCCUCUGGCUUCACGACGGGAAGGAGAUCCAGGAGUCGGAGGACUUCCACUUUGAGCAGAAGGGCGCCCAGCACAGCCUCUGCAUCCAGGAGGUGUUCCCCGAGGACACGGGCACGUACACCUGUGAGGCGUGGAACAGCGUGGGGCAGGCCCGCAGCCAGGCCGUGCUCACCGUGCAAGAGCCCCAGGACGGCACCCAGCCCUGGUUCAUCAGCAAGCCUCGCUCGGUGACAGCCUCCCUGGGCCAGAGUGUCCUCAUCUCCUGUGCCAUCGCCGGCGACCCCUUCCCCACUGUGCACUGGCUCCGAGAUGGCCAGCCCCUCGCCAGGGACACCGGCCACUUCGAGGUGCUGCAGAAUGAGGAUGUGUUCACCCUGGUUGUCAAGGACGCACAGCCCUGGCUCGCCGGCCAGUACGAGAUCUUGCUCAAGAACCGGGUGGGUGAAUGCAGCUGCCAGGUGUCCCUGAUGCUGCCCAGCAGACCUGCCGGAGCUCUGCCAUGGGGGAGGGAGCCCGCCAGCUGUGCAGGCCUCGGUGGUGGCUGCGGUGGUGGCGUGGGUGCUGCUGCUGGCAGCGCCGGCUGGCCAGCACGAGGGCGAGGUUGGCCAGAGGAGGAGAAGGAGAAGGAGGAGGAGGAGGAGGAGGAGGAGGAGGAGGAGGACUGCGAGGACACGCGGGGCGUGCUGAAGCGGCGCGUAGAGACCCGGCAGCACACGGAGGAGGCCAUCCGCCAGCAGGAGGCGGAGCAGCUGGACUUCCGCGACCUGCUGGGCAGGAGGGUGAACACCAGGGCCCUGUCGGAGGACGAGCUCAAGGGGCUCCCAGCAGAGCAGAUGGAUUUCCGCGCCAACCUGCAGCGGCAGGUGAAGCCCAAGACAGUGUCCGAGGAGGAGAGGAAGGUGCACGGCCCCCAGCAGGUGGACUUCCGUUCAGUCCUGGCCAAGAAGGGCACGCCCAAGACCCCUGUGCCGGAGAAGGGAGCCCCUGCCAAGCCCGCCACCCCAGAUUUUCGCUCUGUGCUGGGCAGUAAGAAGAAGCCAGCGGCAGAGAAUGGGAGCAACAAUGCAGAGGCCGUGGACACCAAGCCCGCCGAGGCCCCAAAACCCGUGGCCAACGCCAAGCCCGCCGAGAUCCCAAAACCCGUGGGCAAUGCCAAGCCCGCCGAGAUCCCAAAACCCGUGGGCAAUGCCAAGCCUGCUGAGACCCCGAAACCCGUAGGCAACGCCAAGUCUGCUGAGACCCCGAAACCCAUAGGCAAUGCCAAGCCUGCCGAGGCCCCCAAACCGGCUGGGAAGGAAGAACUCAAGAAGGAAGUUAAGAAUGACGUGAACUGCAAGAGCGGACGCGCCGAUGCAGAGAAGACCCCCAAUGCACAGAAGACCCCCAAUGCCCAGAAGACUCCCGCCUUCUCGGAGAAGCUGCAGGACGUGCAUGUGGCAGAGGGCGAGAAGCUGCUGCUGCAGUGCCAGGUGUCCGCCGAGCCCCCCGCCACCGUCACCUGGACCCUGAACGGAAAGACCCUCAAGACCACCAAGUUCAUCGUCAUCUCCCAGGAAGGCCCUCGGUGCUCCGUGUCCAUCGAGAAGGCACUGCCCGAGGACAGAGGCGUGUACAAGUGCGUGGCCAAGAACACCGCUGGCCAGGCCGAGUGCUCCUGCCAGGUCACCGUGGACGAUGCUCCCGCCAGCGAGAGCACCAAGGCGCCCGAGAUGAAGGCCCGGAGGCCCAAGAGCUCUCUUCCUCCUGUGCUGGGAACAGAAGGUGACGCAACUGUGAAAAAGAAGCCUGCCCCCAAGACACCCUCGAAGGCAGCCAUGCCCCCACAGAUUACCCAGUUUCCCGAGGACCAAAAGGUGCGCGCGGGCGAGGCGGUGGAGCUGCUGGGCAAGGUGGCAGGCACCCAGCCCAUCACCUGCACCUGGAUGAAGUUCCGCAAGCAGAUCCAGGAGAGCGAGCUCAUCCGCGUGGAGCAGGUCGAGGGCGGCAGCAAGCUCACCAUCCUGGCCGCGCGCCAGGAGCACUGCGGCUGCUACACGCUGGUGGUGGAGAACAAGCUGGGCAGCCGGCAGGCCCAGGUCAACCUCACGGUCGUGGAUAGGCCCGACCCCCCGGCUGGCACACCUUGCGCCUCGGACAUCCGGAGCUCCUCGCUGACCCUGUCCUGGUACGGCUCCUCCUACGAUGGGGGCAGCGCCGUGCAGUCCUACAGCAUCGAGAUCUGGGACUCGGGGGAGAAGACGUGGAAGGAGCUGGCCACGUGCCGCAGCACCUCUUUCAACAUCCAGAACCUGCUGCCAGAUCUAGAGUAUAAAUUCCGCGUGCGCGCCAUCAACGUGUACGGAACCAGCGAGCCCAGCCAGGAGUCGGAGCUCACGGUGGUGGGAGAGAAGCCUGAAGAGCCCAAGGAUGAGGUAGAGGUGUCCGAUGACGAUGAGAAGGAGCCCGAGGUGGACUACAGGACCGUGACCAUCAACACGGAGCAGAAAGUGUCCGACUUCUAUGACAUCGAAGAGCGGCUCGGAUCGGGCAAGUUCGGACAGGUCUUCCGGCUGGUGGAGAAGAAAACCGGGAAGAUUUGGGCCGGAAAGUUCUUCAAGGCUUACUCGGCCAAGGAGAAGGAGAGCAUCCGCGACGAGAUCAGCAUCAUGAACUGCCUGCACCACCCCAAGCUGGUGCAGUGCGUGGAUGCCUUCGAGGAGAAGGCCAACAUCGUCAUGGUCCUGGAGAUAGUGUCGGGGGGUGAGCUGUUCGAGCGCAUCAUUGAUGAGGACUUCGAGCUGACGGAGCGCGAGUGCAUCAAGUACAUGAAGCAGAUCUCGGAGGGCGUGGAGUACAUCCACAAGCAGGGCAUCGUGCACCUCGACCUCAAGCCCGAGAACAUCAUGUGUGUCAACAAGACAGGCACCAGGAUCAAGCUCAUCGACUUCGGCCUGGCCAGACGCCUGGAGAAUGCCGGGUCUCUCAAGGUCCUCUUCGGCACCCCGGAGUUUGUGGCACCUGAAGUCAUCAACUAUGAGCCCAUUGGCUACGCCACGGACAUGUGGAGCAUCGGGGUCAUCUGCUACAUCCUGGUCAGCGGCCUCUCCCCUUUCAUGGGGGACAAUGACAACGAAACCUUAGCCAAUGUGACCUCAGCCACCUGGGACUUCGACGAUGAGGCGUUUGACGAAAUCUCAGACGACGCGAAGGACUUCAUCAGCAGUUUGCUCAAGAAAGACAUGAAAAAUCGCCUGAACUGCACCCAGUGCCUGCAGCACCCAUGGCUGAUGAAAGACACCAAGAACAUGGAGGCCAAGAAGCUCUCCAAGGACCGGAUGAAGAAGUACAUGGCGCGCAGGAAAUGGCAGAAAACAGGCAAUGCUGUGAGAGCCAUCGGAAGACUUUCCUCUAUGGCCAUGAUCUCAGGGCUCAGCGGCAGAAAGUCCUCGACAGGGUCGUCUCCCACUAGCCCUCUCAACGCAGAAAAGCUAGAGUCGGAAGAAGAUGUCUCCCAAGCCUUCCUGGAGGCCGUCGCCGAGGAGAGGCCCCAUGCCAAGCCCUACUUCUCCAGGACCAUCCGCGACCUAGAGGUGGUGGAGGGCAGUGCCGCUCGCUUCGACUGCAAGAUUGAAGGGUACCCAGACCCCGAGGUCGUCUGGUUCAAGGACGAGCAGUCCAUCCGCGAGUCGCGCCACUUCCAGAUCGACUAUGACGAGGAGGGGAACUGCUCCCUAACCAUCAGCGAGGUCUGCGGGGAUGAUGACGCCAAGUACACCUGCAAGGCCGUCAACAGCCUGGGCGAAGCCACCUGCACCGCAGAGCUCAUUGUGGAGACCAUGGAGGAGGGCGAAGGGGAGGGGGAGGAGGAAGAGGAGUGAAGCCAAGCCCGGGAAAAGCACUUCCUAAGUCAGACAACAGAGACUCUUUCUCCCAAGUUGCAGAUAGUAAAGCACCUAGUGUGAGCAGAUCUAGGCCAUGUGGGGGUCGGUUCUCCAGCAAGGGCAGUUGAGACCUGACAGCACGCUCGUGGGCAUUAAUUUGAGUUAGCUGGCACCUUCAUACAUGUCCAAUCAUAGCUCCAUGUCAUGAUAUCUAUUGGGGAGGUUGACAGUGACUUCCCCGACGAUUUCAGAGUUGCCUUUAGAGAGAAAGUAACCAAAAGAGCUAUUUUCUGGGAAAAGUCAUAAAUUCCCCCCAACUGACAACAUACAUGAAUAAACAGGCCCUUUGGCACAGCUCAGCCCUGGGGAUGGGGCGGGGGUGGGGUGGGGUGGGACCCCUUCUCCAGCCCCAGCUGGGUGCAUGCCUCUUCGACAUGGGUAUUGCAACAUUUAAUUCGCAAAGCAUAUAAGCCCUUUCAGCUGACAGGCACGUGUCUUUAAUCCAAACUCUGCAGUAGACACUCAGACUUUAGUUCCCCUCCCCCCUUCUCCUGGUCUGUUUCUUCCCCGGGUCUUGGCUUCCCCUGAGUCUCAGAACUAGGAACAUCCUACUUCCUACAGUCUGAAGCCAGCCUGCUCCUGCGUGACUCCGGCUUCCUGAAGGAAAGUAGAAACUUCUUUCCUCCAAAAGCGAAACACAUCCCGGCCCCCUUCACAGAUACUGAGCAGCUCCUGACAUUUCCUUACAGAUCUGGGAAAGGGGCAGGGAGGGGCGGAUAAACCCUUGCUAAUGUGCUUGUCUUCUGAGACCAAAACUCUGAUUUGUGCUGUUUCGGACUAGCAACUCUGCAUGUGUGGGACAGAUUUCUGUGCUUGAAUGUAUGAAAAACCAGUUUGCUGAGCAGUGAGACUUAUUUCUUGGCCACUCUGAAACAGAUUUCAGCUGCUGAGGAGCUGUGGAACUCCGCGUUCUUUGGCGUUUCCAUCUGGAGAACCUGGGUGAACACUGCCUCUCCUUUCUGAACACUCCCCAGAGACUGCUCUAGGGGCUCCACUGUGCUUUUCUUUCAGAACGUGCAUCAGUUAUGCCUCGCCCCCAACUUGAAAUAGAUCUUUAGACCUGAUAAAUGCACUCAGACUUGCAUCUUUAGGGAUUUCUUUUUUAACUUUCUUUCACUACAUUGGCACUUAAAUUUUUCUUUAUAAAACAUUUUGAAGGUCAUAAACAACGACCAUAAACAGAUAUUCCUGAUACAUUUCCUUUGUGUGUGUGUGUGCGUGUGUGUGUAGCUUUUCAAAUAUUUUUUUUUCUUUUCCACUGUUUGUAAAGUGCAGCAACUUAAAAUUGCAAGGGACUUUUAAACAGUUCCUCAAGAACCAAUUUUAAAUGACUUCAUGCGUCCUACACAAUAUCAACAUUAGGGACGGGCGGUGCUUAGUCCCGGGUUCCUCCUGUUCUAUUUCUAUCAGCCUUUCGCUGCUAGCGGCCAGCUGCCAGUAUUUUUCCCUUUUUGCUUUUUAAACAGUUAUACUAUUUUUCAUAAUAGCCACAGUAUUGCCACAAUUUAUUAUAAUAAAGGGUUUUUUAUUUGAUUUAGAGCAUUCAUAACUUUCUUUCAUCACCUCUCAUUGUGUGUAGACUAUAAUCUUUGUGUGUAUGUUGUGUGUGUGCGUGCAUGUGUGAUGUGUGUUGUUUACAGGUUUUCAAUGCCUUCCUGAAAUAGUGUUCAUGUUCUCCAGUUUAUUAAGCCAUCCGAAUGGUGAAUGAGAACAGUACAAUUGUAGUUAGCUCACAGUUUUUAAAUAAAGGAUACCACAGUGCA